CAUAUAAAGGAUCUCAAAGAGCAAACAGCCUUUAACGCAGGCAGAGAGUCUGAAAUUUCAGGAGGAAAAACCCACUUCUGUGGGGAACUUAAGGAGGACAGAAAAAAGAACAGAUUUUCCUUGGAAAAAUACAACAGGCAAUCUCUUCUAGCAGCUGCUUUGUCUCUGUGCCUUACAGUUGACUUCAAGAAGGUUGAAACAAUGGAAAUACUGCACAACAACAGUCAAGGUUGGUCUUUUUUCUUGUGUCUCUGCAUGUGUGGGGCAAUAUGUGAGUCUUUCCGCUAUUCAGUGGUUGAGGAAAAGAAAAGUGGGUCUCUGGUGGCAAAUGUGCUGCAAGAUUUAAAAGUAGAUGUAAAGGAGCUUACAGCUCGCAGAGCCAGGCUGGUUUCUGAAGGCAUCAAGCAAUAUUUCCAGCUGGAUCCUCACUCUGGGAAUGUGUUAUUGAAGGAAAGAAUAGACAGAGAAUCUCUGUGUGGUCAGAAGGACCCUUGUGUCCUAGUCUCAGAGAUUGUGCUGGAAAACCCAGUGCAAGUGCACGGAAUUGAGGUGGAAGUAGAAGAUGUGAAUGACAAUUCACCCCAGUUCUCUAAAAAGGAAUUCCUUUUUGAAAUAUUUGAACAUGUAUCAACAAAUACCCGAUUCCCUCUGGAGAAUGCUGAUGAUGCAGAUAGAGGAGAAAAUGCUGUUCAGAAUUACACACUUAGUCCAAAGGACCAUUUUUGGUUGGAUGUACAAAGUCACCCUGAUGGGACAAAAUAUGCAGAAUUGGUGUUGCAGAAACAAUUAGACAGGGAAGAGGAACAACGUUUUGUUCUGAUUCUGUCUGCUGUGGAUGGAGGGAUCCCAAAGAGAACAGGCACUGCAAAAAUUGUCAUUGAUGUUUUGGAUUCAAAUGAUAACUUUCCUGUUUUUGAUAAAAAUAUGCACAAAGUGAAAAUAAUGGAAAACAGUCAACCAGGCACAUUGGUUGCCAAAGUGGAAGCAACUGACCGUGAUCUUGGUUCCAAUGCAGAGAUCACUUAUUCCUUCAGCCAGGUGCCAGAUGAUGUUCAAAGAGUGUUCAAGUUAAACAAGCAUACUGGGGAACUGACUGUUGCAGAGAACAUUGAUUAUGAAAUAAAUCAAAAUUAUGCAAUAAACAUCAAAGCCACUGAUGGAGGGGGGCUCUCUGCUUACUGCAAAGUCAUGGUGGAGGUUGAGGACAGAAAUGACAACGCCCCAGAGGUGACCCUCACAUCCCUCACCAGCCCCCUACCAGAAGAUUCUCCUCCUGAUACACUGGUGGCGCUUUUACGUGUCACAGACCGAGACUCUGGAGGCAACGGCAGAACUGCUUGCACCACUGAGGCAAAUUUGCCAUUCAUGUUGAAACCCUCUGUGAAUAAUUAUUACCAGCUGGUGACCCAGCAGUCCCUCGACCGAGAAAAAGCGUCAGAGUACAACAUCUCCAUCACAGCCACAGACAGGGGCUCUCCCAGGCUCAGUUCAACCACAGUAAUAAAUGUCCAAAUCUCAGAUGUGAAUGAUAAUGCUCCAGUAUUCCACAAAUCCUCAUAUGAAAUGCUAUUACUGGAGAAUAAUAUUCCUGGCUUGUUGAUAGGUUUGGUGCAAGCCAAGGACCUGGACACAGAGCGGAAUGCUAAAGUCAUUUAUUCACUUUUGCCUGGGAAGGUCAGCAAUCAACCUGUGUCUUCUUAUGUCUCCAUCAACUCUGAAACUGGGAACCUCUAUGCCAUUCGAUCCCUGGACUAUGAGCAGAUAAAAGAUUUCCAGGUGACUGUGAGGGCUGUGGACAGUGGAUCUCCUCCCCUGAGCUCCAAAGUUGUGGUCCGAGUUGUUGUCAUGGAUGAAAACGAUAAUGCCCCGUUCAUCCUGUAUCCUCUUCAGAAUGGCACUUCCCCAUCCAAUGACCUAGUUCCCAGGGAGGCCGAGGCUGGCUACCUGGUCACCAAGGUGGUGGCCGUGGACAGAGAUUCUGGUCAGAACUCUUGGCUUUCCUAUGAGCUCCUGAAGGCCACGGAACCAGGCCUAUUCACUGUUGGAGCCCAGAACGGAGUAGUGAAAACAAUGAGGCCCAUAAGUAAACGAGACAGCUUCAAACAGAAACUUAUCAUUGGAGUCAGAGAUAAUGGACUCCCGCCCCAGUCCACUUCUGCAACGCUGAGCAUUCUGCUAGUGGAUGGCUUCUCGGACCCUUAUAUGAAAAGUGUGGAUGCCCCAAAGAAUGAAGUGGUGGAAGAGGAAGACCGGACCCUGACUAUGUAUCUGGUCAUAUGCUUGGCUGUCAUCUCCUUCAUCUUUCUGCUUUCUGCAGUGGUGUUUGUUGCCAUCAAGAUUCAGAAAAGGAGAAAGUUCAUAGCGAGCUCUGCCCUGAAUUUCCCAGUGGGACCAAACUUCCCAGAGAGCUGUGGAGAUGUUGAUGCUGGAUCCCUUUCUCGGGCUUACAACUAUGAGGUUUGCCUAGCUGGUGGGUCCCUGAACAGCGAGUUCAAGUAUCUCAGGCCUCUCUUUCCUGUCUUCUCUGUGGAGCCUGCUCAAAAUCAGGAGGUUCAAAGGAUUUCAAGUGGCUCCCAAGAUCUUUCCAGUCAUCAAGCAGAAAGUCAGCUCAGGAGUCAGGUGAGAGUAUAA